AUGGUCAUGGUGAGCUCCGGAGAUGUUUCUGAGGAUAGUGCCGGGAUAGGCAGGAAACGAUUUGGUGUAGAUGAAGUUGAAUCUGUGGAUGAUUUGAGUGUACCUUCGCGGAAGAGACAAGCAUUGUCGGUGUUAGAUGAUACUAACAAAAGCACAGUGCCGGGGACAGUAUCACCACCGGCUUUUAAUUUCAACAGGUUUUGUUAUCGCCACGAUCCAGAUAUUCAGCAUUCUCUCACGCACACUUCGUGUUACAAGCAGGACUUGAAGAGAGUGAAGAAGAUCAACGAUAGGAUAUCGAAGUUGCCCAUCCAGGAGCAAAGUGAAAUUCAUCACAUCAUAUCGAAAUUCAAUAACUCCAAUGACAGAUUGCGAACAUUGAUCCUUGAUGGACUGCUCAACUCAUGUUGCUUCCCACAACUGUCCUACGUGUCCUCCGAAUUGAAGGACAUGAUCAAGAUAGAUUUUAUUAGCAUACUGCCGCAAGAGUUGUCACUCAAGAUAUUGAGCUAUUUGGAUUGUCAGUCACUGUGCCAGGCGACGAAAGUGUGUAGGAGGUGGAAAGUGUUGGCCGAUGACGAUAGGGUAUGGUACCACAUGUGCCAACAGCAUAUAGAUAGGAAAUGUCCCAACUGCGGUUGGGGGUUGCCCCUCUUGCACAUGAAGAAUAGAGCGAAAGCGAUAAAGGGGAAACAACAGAAACAAGUAGAGGAGGACUCGCAGGAGGCGGAGAAACAGAUGAACCCAUGGAAGAUAAUAUAUCGGGACAGAUUUAAAGUGGAACUGAAUUGGAGGAAGGGGAAAUGCAUGGUUAAGGAGUUCAAGGGGCACAUGGACGGUAUACUGUCCAUGAAAUUCAAUUUUAGGUUCUUGUUCACUGGCUCAUACGACGGCACGGUCGCAAUAUGGGAUUUGUUUACUGGGAAAUUAAUCAGAAGACUGAAUGGACACCAAGACGGUGUCAAAACUUUAUUCUUUGAUGGACAGAAACUGAUUACUGGGUCACUAGAUAAAACGAUCCGAGUGUGGAAUUAUAUGACAGGCGAGUGCAUCUCAACCUACAGGGGACAUACGAACUCGGUAAUGUCUGUCGAUUCUUUCAAGAAAAUUAUAGUGUCCGGAAGCGCGGACAAAACUGUCAAAGUAUGGCACGUCGAGUCAAGAACUUGUUACACGUUGAGGGGUCAUAGUGAGUGGGUGAAUUGCGUUAAACUGCAUCCGAAAUCCUUCUGCUGCUUUAGUUGUAGCGACGACACGACAAUACGAAUGUGGGAUAUCAGGACAAACACUUGCCUGAAAGUGUUCACAGGUCACGUCGGACAAGUUCAAAAAGUGAUUCCCUUGACGAUCUUGGAUAUCGAGAAUCUUGUCAUGGACAGCAACUCAGCUGAUGACGAAACGGUCACCGGCGUUGAUGAGUCCGUGAAUGAGGAGACACCGCCACUGGUGGUAGGCAGCCAACUGGACGGCACGAUACCGUAUCCGACACAUUUGUUAUCCUGUUCCUUGGAUAACACGAUCAAACUGUGGGAGGUGAAAAGCGGCAAGUGUAUUCGUACUCAGUUUGGCCACGUAGAAGGUGUCUGGGACAUCGCAGCGGAUAAUUUCCGUAUCGUGUCAGGCUCGCAUGACGGGAGUAUCAAGAUAUGGGACCUCCAAAGUGGGAGAUGCAUGCACACAUUCCAUGGCAAGAAUCUACAAAAGGAGGGGAUGGUAGCGUCCAGCAGUGGAGACGUGGGCGGUGAGAACCCCACAACCACAACGGCAGAGGGUACCACUCCAGCAUCUCCUGCCACAGCCGCACAGACGACGACAACCACCAAUGGUACGAGCAAUACGGCCGCUGCCAAGAUAUCCCCCAUUGCCUGCGUCGACAUUGGUGAUUCUGAAUUUUUCAGUGGUGACGAGCUAGGGUACGUCAAGAUGUACAAGUUUGACUACGAUGAUAACCCGCAGCUCGGUUAA